GUAUGAAUGGAACUGCUGACAUCUCUGUCUGUAAUGCUGAACUUUAGACUGAUGUUAAACUGAAGUGGAUAAAAUAGAGCUGCUUUAGAAAGAAAAGGAAACUCUGCGAAACCAGUGCUUAAACGGAACAACGAAAAGAAUCAAAAUGCAUGUAACAAUUAGGAAAUUCCUGCCCUCAGACCGUGAAGCUGUCAGUAAAGUAUAUCGAGAUGGAAUCCAUGAGCACAUCAUUCCAUUGUUUACCUGGGCCAUUUCCCAGCCAUUCCACAUUUCUCUGACCAUGUGUAUGUUUGUUAUGGGUUACAUGCUAAGUGGAGGAUCAGUCGGUCUGGCUCUGCUAGCUGCAGUGUCCUGGAUCAGCCUGGUGUUCUACUGCUGCUACGAGUUCUUUGCAGGAUAUGUCCGAACCAGGCUGCACACAGACAUGCAGGACAUUGCAGGAUUUUACCUCAGUAAUCCAGACAACUGCUUCUGGGUUGCUGAAGCUGAAGUCAACGGGCGGCCACAGAUUAUGGGUUUGGUUGCUUUGAAAGCCAAAAAGCUUCCAGGCACUAACGGGCAGAAGUAUGGAGAGCUUUUCCGAAUGAUUGUGUCGUCUGAGUGUCGUCGUGCUGGUCUAGGCUUACGACUGGGGAACACAGUGGAGGACUUUUGCAAAGAACGAGGGUUCUCAAAGGUUGUGCUUGAAACUACCUCAAUACAGAGAGCUGGUGUCGCCCUUUAUGAAAAGAUGGGCUUUAGGCUUGUGCAGACUCAUACAAGAACCGAAGGUCCUUGGUGGGUUUUCAGACUGACUAGAUGUACAAUUCUUAGGAUGGAGAAAGGCCUGUAAACAUAAAUGCUGUUCAGUUUGGAUGCUAAUAAUGUGUAAAAUGUAAUAAUUUCUAGUGAUUUGUAUUAUCAGAAAAGCAUAUAAUCACUGUUUUUCUUUUUUUUAAUAUGAUGCUAAUAACAGAGCUCUUAAGUUUUGACUAUAAUGUAAUAAUGACACACUGCUUUUUCAAGCAUUAUAGCAACCGGUUUUAGAACAAAUUGCUUUCUAUGUAGCUCCGUAGUUAAUGUACUGGACUAGUAAUCAGAAGUAAGAUUGACAGUUCCUACACUUAAUAUCACACUAUGGGUCUGUUCCCUUGUUAUUCAGUCAGUUUAUCCCCUCAAAUUAACGCACCUUAGUAGGCAGCAUUUUAAGGCAUCUAAGAAUUUGGACUGCCUUCUUUUCUGGGGCACGUGUAAGAUGACAUAAAAUGCUGUCUAUGUAGAGAGCUCACUAGGUUUUCGGACAGACCCAAUACGGCCAAAAGGUUUUUAAAUCCAUGUUGCCACACUCCUCCACUCGCCUCCCCUGCAGCUAUAACAGACUCUACACAGAAUAAUAAUAUUAAUAAUCUCACUAUUUUUUGAACCACUAUUUUUGUACAAGGUGUUUUAUUUUGGGCAAUUAUUAGUAUUUCAAAGCAAAGGUUAAGAAUAAAGUUAAUAAGCCUAUAUAAAGAGCCGUAAUGUUUGUCAUUAUACACCAAUUAGCCCUAACAUUUAAUAAUGUUUGUCAUUAUACAUCAAUUAGCCAUAACAUUAAAACCAGCUCCUUGUUCCUACACUCAC